AAGGCAUUUCCGUCGUGGGCUGUGACACAUUCUUGGGCAGAAGCCGGAUCCAGAGAGAGGGGAAGUCGAUGACUGUUAAGCGCCCUUUAUCGCGAAUUACGCGCAUACACACAUACACACUCAACUCAAGGGCAACAGAUGGCCGGUAUAACAGUGCUGCUUGCUGCCCGCAUGUUUCUGUCCGACUGAAUCCAUUGUAUUUCUUCUUCCAAGUUGCAAUUCCAGGAACCCUCCCUUUUCGUUCUUGGAAUCACAUUAGCAAGGGCAUCUAAAACCAGCAGUUACGACCAACGCUGCCGCACUCAACCUGCGCCCUGCAUUUGAACUUGAAACUUGGGAUGUUUACAGCAGACCAGUCUCUCUCUGAAUUCUUCUGAACCAGAGCAGAGAAAAGGGGCCAGGAAACAAACAAGGCGGGCGUGUAAAUAUUACUUAUUUUGUUUAACUGGUGUAAAUAUAUAUACACACACACUUAAACAACAAGAAGUCUUCCUCCUCUCACCUGUUCUGCUCACCUUAACCUCCGCCCUAUUUUGGAAAACGAGCACCAAGGAUUUGCAUCUCUCGAACUUGACAUGUUACUCUGUUUGCAAGGACCUUUGGUGACACAGCAAGGAGCAAGGAACCUCACUCUAUCCCGAUCAAGGUCCGACAUAUUCAUGAUCUUGGAGCAGCCGGAAGUUCAGAUCCCAAGGAGCUUGUCCCUUAUGACGUUCCAGGAGGAGAGCGCUUCCGUCGGUCCGGCGCAAGUGCCUAACGUGGAACCCGUCGCCAAGAGAGACCCAGAAGAUGACAUGCAAUGCCUCACUACCACCCUCCGCCAAUUGGAUUUGUCAGGAUGGUACUGGGGCUCCCUCACCGCUAACGAGGCGAAACAGCAGCUCAACAAGAUGCCGGAAGGAACCUUCCUCAUCCGCGACAGCUCCCACCCCAGCUACCUGUUGACCUUGUCGGUGAAGACCAGCCGCGGCCCCACCAACGUGCGCAUCGAGUACAGCAAUGGAAGGUUCUGCCUGGACUCCUACUUCCUGGCGAAGCCCAGGAUCUUGGCCUUCAGGGAGGUUCUCGGCCUGAUCCAGCAUUACGUCACCUCUUGCGUGGUGGACCGGUACGACAAGCCCGCAAGCACCGCGGCGCUUCCCCCCAAGGACACCGCCAUCCACCUGAAGCUCAUCAAACCCCUGCACCGGAAGGACUCCUUCCCCUCGCUCCAGCACUUAUGCCGAUUGUCCAUCAACAAGGCAACGCACCAAGCGGACAAACUCCCAUUGCCAAAACUCGUCCGGCGGUACUUGGAAGAAUACCCUUUCCUUCUCUGAGCAUCUCCAUAAGGGAAGGGAUGGAGCAACAUUGGUGCUUUUCUAUAUCGAUGGCUGAGACAUGGUCAAUUGAUGGGUGCUUCAAGAACCUUGACAUGGAGUAGAUUAAAUGUUGCUCCUGGGACAGUUGAACAGACUUGUUGCCUCGGUGGACUUGACCUGCAAAUUGGUCCGAUGACUUAAAUGUGUUUAACAAAACAGGUGGAUCCAGAGGGAAUUUAUAAUAAUGCGGAAAAGAACGCGAUCUGCAAAAAACAAUUAAACACAACUCUACAGUCUUUAUAUUAAAAGGAUUGCACAUUGAACAUUUUUAAAGUUUCUGUAUUUUAAAAAAAAAAGACUAAAAGCAAUGCAAUAUUUCAGAAUAAAGUAUUAUUAACUCAC